CCUCCAUCUGUUGGAAACUUUAUAUUAACGAGACUCGCGCAAUUCUCAGUCUCUCCCAUUUCUAACAAUAUUAUUCACUCUCUUCUUGCUUGCUUACAUAGUUGUCGUGCGCAACGAAUCCAUCCUUGUGCCGAUGGGUUUGUGCGCCUUGUACAAUGUAUGACAUAAUCUGAAACCAGUUUGCGUCCUUCAAAAAGGUAGAUUGAUCUUCUGCUGAUAAGAUCAAUUUUGGAAGUGAAAAUGUUUGGCCUUAGAAGAACACCUCCCAAGGUUGCUACAGGAUUUCAAGCUUCUUCCAGUUCUAACCCUUUUGAUUCAGAUUCAGAACCACUUGAUAAAUCAAACCAAAAGCCAGCAAGACGAACUGCAUCAGAAUCUGCCCACAAAGUACCUAUUUCUAAAAGAAACCCUUUUGAUGAUGAAGAUGAAGAAGAUUUUUGGGGAAGAGGAAAUUCAUCCACUUCAUCAUCAUUAUCACACUCAUCUUCUGCAAAAACAAGAUACAAAAGCAAGUUAGAGGCGCAGAGUGUUGAGGAGUUGGAAAAUUAUGCUGUGAACAAGGCAGAAGAGACAACAAAGAACGUGAAGAAUUGCCUGAAGAUAGCUGAGGACAUAAGAGAAGAAGCCACAAGGACCCUUGAGAUGUUGCACCUACAGGGUGACCAAAUAACAAGGACUCACAAUAUGAUAGUUGAUACAGACAAGGAUUUGACUAAGGGUGAGAAACUAUUAAACAGUCUUGGGGGUAUCUUCUCUAAGUCAUGGAAACCGAAGAAGACUAGAAACAUUCAAGGCCCUGUGACAAUCGCACCAGAUAUUUUAUCCAAGAAAGGUGAGGAGAAUAUGGAUAAGAGGGAAUGGUUAGGCUUAGCUGCUCUGCCUAAAAGAAAGUCAGCUUCAAAAACAGUUCAUGAUGAUGCAGCAAAUGCACAUCAGAAAGCUGAUGUUGAGAAGGCGAAACAAGAUGAGGCACUUUCUGAUCUGAGCAAUGUCUUGGUCAAUUUGAAGAGUAUGGCAGUUGACAUGGGAACUGAAAUAGACAGGCAAAAUAAAGCUAUGGAUCAUCUCAAUUUGGAUGUGGAUGAGAUGAACUCACGAGUUAAAGGUGCUAACCUGCGUGCACGCAAAUUAAUAGGCUAAAAGGGUUACUAUUAUUUUGUUCCUCAAAAAGUAGCAUUGUUACAGUGUAACUUGAGAAUGCGUAAGAUGUGUAACGAUUUUCAUCAAAGCACAAUGUUACUCUAUAGAUGAUCACGGAUCCUCUCUAGAGAUCUAAUACUAAGAAUAAUUAAAUUUUUAAAGGCAAAACUCUAUAACAUAA